AUGCUGCUCCGAGCGGCCCGCUACUCAUGCCAGCGUACUGCGCCGCCUAUACAUCCGAGCUUCGCCAGCGGGCCACAGUGGAUAAGUCCACACAGCGCUCUACACCGAAGAGUUCAGCUACAAUGGUUUCAUUCAAGCCGUUUUUGCCAGAAUCAGUCAACCGAUGGCAGAGAUCCUACUUCCGCUCAGAGCAAGGCUCCCACAGCCGUCACCGGCUCCGACGCAGCCGGCGCUGCUCUCAAUGGGAAACCCGGUGCAAGUGUGGUCAAGCCAGCUCCAAAGAAAGAUUUGCUGAGUGAGUCGGCCAUUGCGAAGAAAGAACAACGGCGAGCAGACUGGGCGAUUAUGCGCGAAAUGGCAAAAUAUCUAUGGCCCAAGGAUGACUGGGGCACUAAGCUUCGAGUCGGAACGGCCCUGUCUUUACUUGUCGGUUCAAAGAUCCUUAAUGUCGAGGUUCCUUUCUACUUCAAGAGCAUCGUGGAUUCGAUGAACGUCGACUUUGCGACGCUCGGCGGAACAGCAUACACAGUGGCAGGCUCCAUGAUCAUUGCGUACGGUGCAACCCGUAUAGGAGCCACGGUUUUCCAAGAACUGCGCAAUGCCGUCUUCGCCAGCGUUGCGCAAAAGGCGAUUCGAAAAGUUGCACGGAAUGUGUUUAACCAUCUCUUACAACUGGAUCUCAACUUCCACCUGUCGCGGCAGACUGGUGGUCUCACUCGGGCUAUCGAUCGAGGUACGAAAGGUAUUAGCUUCUUACUCACCUCGAUGGUUUUCCACGUUGUGCCCACUGCUCUUGAAAUCUCGCUCGUGUGCGGUAUUUUGACCUACCAGUACGGUUUACAAUUCGCCGCCAUCACAGCCACUACCAUGGUGGCUUAUACAGCUUUCACCAUCACUACCACCGCCUGGCGCACCAAGUUUCGGCGACAGGCUAAUGCAGCCGAUAAUCGUGGCGCCACCGUCGCUGUUGACUCGCUGAUCAACUAUGAAGCGGUGAAGUAUUUCAACAAUGAGAAAUUCGAGGUCGCUCGGUAUGACAAGGCUCUGAAGCACUACGAAGAUGCAUCGAUCAAGGUCACCACCUCCCUGGCUUUGCUGAACUCUGGUCAAAACAUGAUCUUCUCCACCGCGCUCGCCGCCAUGAUGUAUCUGGCUGCGGACGGGGUGGCAACGGGCACGCUGACGGUAGGCGAUUUGGUGAUGGUCAACCAGCUCGUCUUCCAACUCUCAGUCCCGCUCAACUUCCUCGGCUCUGUGUAUCGUGAAUUACGCCAGUCUCUGCUGGACAUGGAGACUCUGUUCAACCUGCAGAAGGUCAAUGUGAACAUCAAGGAGAAGCCCAACGCCCCGCCUCUUGCACUCCGCAAGGGUGGCGAAAUCCGAUUUGAGAAUGUCACUUUCGGCUAUCACCCGGACCGUCCGAUCUUGAAGAAUGCGACUUUCACCAUUCCCGCCGGCUCUAAAUUUGCCAUUGUCGGCCCCAGUGGGUGCGGCAAGUCGACUAUUCUUCGCCUGCUCUUCCGCUUUUACGACACUCAGUCCGGUCGGAUCCUGAUCGACGGUCAGGAUGUGCGUGACGUGAGCCUCGACAGCCUUCGGCAAGCCAUCGGGGUGGUUCCUCAGGAUACGCCCCUCUUCAAUGAUACGAUUGCGCAUAACAUUCGCUAUGGUCGGAUUGAUGCCACUGAUGAGGAGGUCCGGCAUGCUGCUGAGCGAGCCCGCAUCAGUGAGCUGAUCGAGCGUCUGCCGGACGGCUAUGAGACGGCGGUCGGCGAGCGCGGAAUGAUGAUCUCGGGCGGCGAAAAGCAACGACUGGCCAUUUCGCGACUACUGCUCAAGGACCCGCAGCUGUUGUUCUUUGAUGAGGCGACCUCGGCCUUGGACACCUAUACCGAGCAGGCAUUACUGCAAAACAUUAACAGUAUCCUCAAGGACAAGCGGCGCACGAGUGUGUUUGUGGCGCAUCGACUCCGGACGAUCUAUGACAGCGACCAGAUUCUCGUGCUCAAGGACGGGCAGGUAGUAGAGAUGGGGUCGCAUCGGGAGCUGCUGGAUCUGGAGGGUGUGUAUGCGGAGCUCUGGAAUGCUCAGGAAACCUCCGUCGGUGACGAGGAGAAGGAGUUGCGAGACAUUGAGAAGAGGGUUGAAUAG